CAUCACCUGUUUCUUCUCCCUCCGUAAUUUCUAGGGUUUCUUCCAUUCUCUCGCGCUUUCUAUCUCCCUCUCUCUCUCUAACCUCUCCAUCCAAAGAUCCGAAAUGGAUCUCGAGGUAGUGGGCCGCCACGCACUGCUCUUCGACGACGACGCCAUGGCGGCUUUCGUUAACUCCGCUGCCGCGCUUGUAGAUUGGAACUCUCUCUCUAUAGACCGCUACGACGUGCGUCACCUACUGCCCUCUCCUCCUCCACCGCGAAAUCGCCGCCGCCAGCAACGUUCUCCGUCUCCGAAUCUUGACGAUUCUCUCGAAUCUGAGCUCGACUACGAGCGCUACCUCGAUCUACCCUCAGCAUCCGAUAAGCAAGGUAAUAAAAUUUUCCAUUUUAAUUAUAUUAAUUUGCAUUUGGUAUUUAUUUUUUAUGUUGUGUACAAAUGAUGAAUAUGUUGAAAGCACUUGAUUAGAUUUAUUAUUAGAGAAUUUAAAAUUAUUAGACCAUUAUUGCAAAUACUAAGCUAUAGCUUUAGUUUAUAACAAAUUUGUUUAUGGAUAAAGGAUAAUGCUUUAAUUUAGUGGAAGUUGUGCUGGAUAAGCUAGAGAUUACACCUGUCGUCUUGCUGGUGUGUCUUUGGUCUUUUAGGUUUUAAGGGAGCUGUAGUGCCUUUCAACUCGGUUACUCAGUUUUUGUUCUUCUCAUCAUAUUGUGUGCUGUGGAUAUGUAUUAUUCUGAUGGCUAUUCCUUGUGAGUUGGAAAUUUAAAUUACUAGAUAACCAUGAGGGUAUGUUCAAAGGGAAGUGGAGGGAAAUGAGGAGAGCUUUAAUUUCUCCAAUCCAUGCUAGUAUGGAUCAUAGAAAGAAUCAAAAAGCAAUGAUAAGCUUAGAAAUGUUGUGGAUUUAAGAAGAGGUCCCUCUUUCGAAACAAUCUCCUGCUUUUUUGAUAGAAAAGAAAUAGUGGGAUGACAACCUAUAGUUCUUAUUCUCUUCUUCUCCAUUUUCUCAUCUUAUGUAAAUAUCCGAACAAUGAGUAAGUUAUUACCAGUUUUAUUUUUCUCAAAAUAUCCUGCUUUCUUUGGGAGAAAAGAAGGAUCAGGAUGAUAACAUAUGGUUCUCAUUCUCUUCUCAUUUAAAUAUCCAAAAUAAUGGAAAUUAUUCAUUGCCUGUCCAAUUUGCUUGUUCUUUCUACUUCUCUUUCAAUCCAAAUGGAUUUUAGUGUGCAAUUUAGUUACUUUUAUUGCUUCUACUCGUAUGAAGAUUCAAGGAAAAAUGUUUUAAGUGGAUGCCAUAUAUAGUUUCCUCAUGGAUGGAUUAUUGUGCCGCUAUAUCUGAGAUUUAAUUUGUAGUUGGGUGCUAUACUACCAUGUGCAGUUAUCAUUGAAUCCAGUCAUACAUCUAACCAGUUUAUGCACAUUUUUAAAAUGGAUUUUUCUGAAAGAUAGUAUUCAGCUGAACGCUGGAAUUUUUUUUUUCCUUGUGGGGUUUGUGUGAAUGUUCUACAUUCUGGAUUGCUUUUCUAAGUUGCAGGAUCAGAUUUUGUUUACUAAAGUUUCAUCUUUCAGGGUGCCAAAUUUAGGAAAUGAAGCGGAAAGGAAUGAUGCUGAUGGCUAUCAUAUGGUUGCCUUUUCAUAUGGAGCCUCUAGUGAAUCAACUGACCAGAAGAAUACAGAUACUGAGUCUAGUUUUCAGCCACCCUUCUCAGUACCUGAACAGUUAAUGCAAAACCUGCCUCCAACAGAGAAGGUGCACCAAAUUAUUGCAAGGACUGCCAUGUUUGUUAGCAAACAUGGUGGGCAGUCGGAAAUUAUUUUGAGAGUUAAGCAGGGGGACAACCCGACAUUUGGAUUCUUGAUGCCUGAUCAUAAUCUUCAUCCUUACUUCAGAUUUCUUGUUGAUCACCAAGAACUUCUGAAGUCUGACAUUGAUGGCAAAUCUAUAGAAGAUGAGAACAAAAUUGAGAGUGGUGAUCAGAUGGGUGGUGCAUUGUCAUUGCUUGGUUCUGUAUAUGGGUCUGGAGAAGAUGAAGAAGGGGCACAUGAAGAUGCCCCAGCAUUUACCAAAAAUGAUUUUGAAGAAUCUGUUAAUGCUGCUGAUAAUGCAACCAUUUCUCAUGGAUCAGAACAAAACAAUCCUUCUUUAAAUGCAGCUGGGAAAGAUGAUUCGGUUUCCAAGCCUCCAUUUUCUUCUUUGAAAGAAAGGUCUCAUGUCGUAAAGAGAAAUCGUUCCAUCAGUACAGUCAAGGUGGGAACCACUACUGGGGUAAAGAGAGAUGGUGAUUCCACAACUUCAGUUUCCUCUGCUGUGGAUAAGUUGCAGCCUUUCAUCUCCCAUAGCCUGUCCAAGGUUGAGCCUUCUAUUUUGGAGCCUCCAGCUGAUUUGAAGAGAGUCGUUGAUAAGAUAGUUGAGUUCAUACUGCGAAACGGAAAAGAAUUUGAGUCUGUUCUGGUUCAGCAGGACACUAAACAUGGGAGAUUCCCAUUCCUUCUGCCAACCAACCAAUAUCAUCCUUAUUAUCUAAAAGCUCUCCAAAAGGCUCAAGAGUCGAAGUUAGCUGGCAAGAGCUUCAUUUCAGAGAAACUUGAUUCACUAGGGCAUGGGAUGGACAGGAAAACUGGAACCAAAGAAAGUGAUGCCCUGUCCUUGGCAUCUGAUAUACCAUAUGAGUCUGACAGGAAAGAAAAGUUUAAAAUGGUAAUUGGAAAGUCAAAGAAGGAUGGACAGGACCCACCUUCAAAAAUCACCCAGCCACAAGUUGGAGUUAGUGUGGAUGCUGCUGCUGCUAUUCUUCAGGCUGCCACAAAAGGCAUUAAGAAUCCCAACCUGGAAAUGCUAUCUAAGACCAUAAGUGGUAUUGGUCAUGGUCCUAGCAGUGAAGCUGGAGAUAGCCUCCUUUCAUCUUGUCCUCAAAGUUCCAACCAGAAGUCAGACAAGAUUUGGGAGCAUGGUGUUUCUAUCCCUGUAGCUAAAGCCAUUGCAAAGACAAUGGCUGUUGCAGCAGCAAGUGAGGCUGAUUCCUCGGAAGCGAGGUUGACCAGAGAGCAGAAGUUGAAGGCUGAGAGACUGAAACGAGCAAAGAUGUUUGCAGCCAUGAUAAAAGGUGGUGCUGCACCUUUAAAAAGUGAACCAUUGCGAGGGUUAUCAGUAGAGCCAUCUGAAUCUGGGUUAUCAGGUUCUGAUUCUCAUGCUUUACAUCCUACAGCCCAAGAAAGGGAAAGUAAAAUUCCAUUGGAAAUUGAUACUCAUAAUAGAAUUGAGAAAUCUGCUGAUGAAUAUAAUGAACGGCGAUCAAAGAGGAGCUAUCGUUCUAGGUCUAAAAGGGCUGAAGAUGAAGAUGAAGAAGAGGAGGAAUUGAAGGAUAACAGGGAUCACAAGCAUUCAAGGAAAAAGAGGCGUUCUCAUCGCUCUUCCCAUCGCAGCAGGGACAGACAUAAGCGCAGGAAAAGACAUUCCUCUUCUCAGGAUGGAGAAUCUCAACAUCAACACAAGAGCAGUAGCUCCUUGGAUGAACAUCAGCACAAGCAAGACAGCUCUUCUGAAGAUGGGUAUAGGCGAUCUAGACAUAAGCACAAGCAUGAUAGCUCAUCAGAUGAUGAGCAUAGACACUCUAGAAGGAAGCAUGGGCAUGACAGUUCCUCAGAUGAUGAGCAUAGACACUCUAGAAGGAAGCAUGGGCAUGACAGCUCCCCUGAUGAUGAGUACAGACGCUCUCGACGCAGGCGCAAGCACGAUAGCUCAUCUGAUGAGUAUACAUACUCCCGACAUGGUCAGAGGCAUGAUUCUGAUGAUGAGCAUCAGAACUGUCGACAUCAGCAUAAGCAUGCUAGCUCCUCCAAUGAUGAGAGUCAGCGUCGAUCCAGAUCUGUAAAACAUAGAAAGAGCUCUCGCACAGAAAGAGAAACAGACUUGGAGGAAGGAGAGAUCAUUACAAAAUCAGAUCAGUCGAAAGUUAGUGAGGGUGGUGAUGGCGCUAGUAGGGAAGCUUCUGUGGAUAUAUCAAAAUCAUACCAAGAGGUGAGGGCCUCAUCUCAGCAUUCUGAGUCCACUGAAGUUUCUAAUGAUCUUAGAGCAAAAAUUCGAGCCAUGUUGAUGGCAACCCUGUAAGUAGCCACAACAUAUAUCUCAAGUUUAUUGCUUUACAGCGAUUGUAUCCUUAUCAAUUCUCCAGGUCAAUUCUUGUAGAAAUGUGUUUCAGAUUUAUGAUGUUUAACAACGUAAUGUUGAAAAUUUUCUCUGAACA